AUGGAUACUACUGUUGAAGUUCAUUCUAUCACUCGUUCUACGCAACGAUCAACAAGCAAGAAACCACAUGAAAAACUUGAUCUGACUCGUAUUGAUCACAUUACGAAUGUGAUUACGAAUGUUAAAUCUCAAUUGCACGCUCGUCUUGUUACCAGUGUGCUGGAUAUUAUGAAAAAGAAUGAAAAAUUUCGUCGGAUUACCCAACGAUGCUUUGAGCAUAUUCCUGUCAUGGCCUUAUGCAUGGAUUCGAAUAUCUCGGAGCACAGUCAUCUGUUCGAUGAACUUCAGGAGCAAGUAGCUGGAAAAUUCCAUUCAAUCAUCGUUAAACUACGGAAUCCAGAACAAUAUUCAUCUAUUCAUAAUAUAUUAAAAAUGGCAAAGACAGAACUAAAUAAAUUUUAUCCAGACAAAGACAACGAGAAUAAGAACGUUUUCUUCCAAUUGAGCAAAUUCGUCAGUAACUACAAUGAGUUAAAAGAAAGUGAAAAGCGUUCGUUAAUUUUCAUAAUUCCAGAAUUCGAAUCAAUUAACAUAUCCAUAUUUGAAAAUUUGAUCACUUUACUCAGUCUACAAAUUAAAUUCAUCUCGAUAUCAUUCAUCUUGGGUUUGUCUGGUGGUGAACAUUCAUUACAACGGCUAGUCUCAAGUCGUAUCGCAUCAAAACUAUCCAUCGAUACCAUCUACGACUCGAGCGCAAGAAAAUACUAUGAAUAUAUUAUUAAAUCAUUAUUUCUAUCGGACAAUGAUCCAAAGAAACAAUUUCCAAUCACAGCUGAACAACUUCAGUUCGUUGAUAACGGCUAUUUCGAAACAUUUUCAUUGGCAUGGCUCGAACAUGCACUCAAGUUCAUCGCCUUUUCUGAAACAAAUACUCCACCAACACAUUCACUGAACAUUUGUCUCUUCAAUGCUGUGUAUGUUUCGUGCAAUCAACUACCUAACUAUCCACUCGGUCGUUAUCGUUCAUCAUUCUACGGAUCUUAUCUUUCCAACAGUCCAGUUUUUAAUGAAUUAACAUUAUCAGUCAAUUCCUCGACUACUUAUCAGCUUGAAACGUGCUUGAAUUCAUUCAUUGAGCAUAGCUGUAAUGAAAAUUCUUUAUGUAAAAAAUAUAGUCAGUUGGCAAAGAAGAUUUUGAUUGAACAACAACAACAAAUUGCCGAUGAUUCUCAAGCGUUGAGUAACACAUUAAGAUCGGUUGGAGAUCGAAAACUAAAUCGAUAUCGAGAACAAGUGUUCAUCUGGUUGAAACAAAUCUGCGAAGAAUUUAUUUCUUCCAAUGCUCAUUCAACAACGAAAAUCACUGACUAUCUCUUGCAAGAACGACUGACUCCAAUGACAAGAGCCACAUUCAUUCGAGAAUUAACAGAAACGAAUAAUUGCAAACAAGCACAAACACCAGAUUUAGCUUUGCUCUUUCGCAUCUACACAGAAUCGGGUACGAAGAUACCAUUGAGCGAUUGGUUUGAAUCGUUCGCAACUAUGGUCGAAGAGCGAGAAGUUCUGGACAAUGAUGCUGAUAAAUCGAUCUUAGCACGAUUUGUUCACGGCCUUGCCGAACUCGACUACCUUGGCUUUACAAAAACGUCAUUACAACGUUCGUACCACGCCACUAAAUUAACAUGGGACACUUAA